GAGCGGUACAAUUGGGCUGCGACUAGAGGAGUUAACGAAGAGUUGCUCUUUGAGAAUAUGCCUGAUGAUCUCCAAAGAGAUAUAAGACGACACCUCUUCAAAUUUCUCAAGAAGGUGAGGAUAUUUUCCUUGAUGGAUGAAACAAUCUUAGAUUCCAUCCGUGAGAGGCUGAAACAGAGGACUUACAUAUGGGGUAGCAGGGUGUUGCACAACAAAGGUCUAGUUGAAAAAAUGGUAUUCAUCGUGAGAGGUGAGAUGGAGAGCAUUGGGGAAGACGGUUCUGUUCUUCCUUUAUCAGAAGGCGACGUUUGUGGUGAAGAACUUCUAACUUGGUGCCUUGAACGCUCUUCUAUAAACCCCGAUGGGACGAGGAUAACGAUGCCACCAAAGGGAUUGGUCAGCAACAGAAACGUUAGGUGUGUGACAAACGUGGAGGCGUUUUCGCUGAGUGUAGCUGAUCUUGAAGAUGUAACGAGCUUGUUUUCAAGAUUCUUAAGAAGCAAUCGAGUACAAGGAGCCAUAAGGUACGAGUCUCCUUAUUGGAGGUUACGAGCAGCUAUGCAGAUUCAAGUGGCUUGGAGAUACCGAAAGAGACAGCUCCAGAGAUUAUACACUGCUCAGUCCAGUUACAACCGUCAAAUUGGAUGAUAAUGUUUUGGUUUGGUAGAUUAGUAAUAAUAUCUAAGUAAAAAGACUAGCAGUUGUGGUACUCAUAGUAGUAAUAUAUAAUAUGCCUCGAUGACUCAUUCGUUUGUAAUCUAUAAGAUGUCUCAGUGAUUCACUCAUUAGUGAUAUUGAAAGCUGAGUAUGAAACUUCUUUCUCA